CUGAGCGGGUGUGCGGGUGGCUUCCGGUGUGAGUGACUAGUGGUGGCCGAAGCAGGGGGACAUCAAGGGACGUUCAGGCAGGGACCAUGGCGGAAGGUGGUUCGGAGCGGGCUGACGGGCGCAUCGUCAAGAUGGAGGUGGACUAUAGCGCCACUGUGGAUCAGCGCCUGCCCGAAUGCGAGAAGCUGGCCAAGGAAGGAAGACUUCAAGAAGUCAUUGAAACCCUUCUCUCUUUGGAAAAACAGACCCGUACUGCUUCUGAUAUGGUGUCUACAUCCCGUAUCUUAGUUGCAGUAGUGAAGAUGUGCUAUGAGGCUAAAGAAUGGGAUUUACUUAAUGAAAACAUUAUGCUUUUGUCAAAACGGCGGAGUCAGUUAAAACAAGCUGUUGCAAAAAUGGUUCAACAGUGCUGUACUUAUGUUGAAGAAAUCACAGACCUCCCAGUCAAACUUCGAUUAAUUGAUACUCUACGAAUGGUUACAGAAGGAAAGAUCUAUGUUGAAAUUGAGCGUGCUCGACUGACUAAAACAUUAGCAACUAUAAAAGAACAAAAUGGUGAUGUGAAAGAGGCAGCCUCCAUUUUACAAGAGUUACAGGUGGAAACCUAUGGGUCAAUGGAAAAGAAAGAGCGAGUGGAGUUUAUUUUGGAGCAAAUGAGGCUUUGCCUAGCUGUGAAGGAUUACAUUCGUACACAAAUCAUCAGCAAGAAAAUUAACACCAAAUUUUUCCAGGAAGAAAAUACAGAGAAAUUAAAGUUGAAAUAUUAUAAUUUAAUGAUUCAGCUGGAUCAACAUGAGGGAUCCUAUUUGUCUAUUUGUAAGCACUACAGAGCAAUAUAUGAUACUCCCUGUAUACAGGCAGAAAGUGAAAAGUGGCAGCAGGCUCUGAAAAGUGUUGUUCUCUAUGUUAUCUUGGCUCCUUUUGACAAUGAACAAUCAGAUUUGGUUCACCGAAUAAGCAGUGACAAGAAGUUAGAAGAAAUUCCUAAAUACAAGGAUCUUUUAAAGCUUUUUACCACAAUGGAGUUGAUGCGUUGGUCUACACUUGUUGAGGAUUAUGGAAUGGAAUUAAGAGAAGGUUCUCUUGAGAGUCCAGCCACUGAUGUUUUUGGUUAUACAGAGGAAGGUGAAAAAAGGUGGAAAGACUUGAAGAACAGAGUUGUUGAACAUAAUAUUAGAAUAAUGGCCAAGUAUUACACGAGGAUAACAAUGAAGAGGAUGGCACAACUUCUGGAUCUAUCUGUUGAUGAAUCAGAGGCUUUUCUCUCAAAUCUAGUAGUUAACAAGACCAUCUUUGCUAAAGUAGACAGGUUGGCAGGAAUUAUCAACUUCCAGAGACCCAAGGAUCCAAAUAAUUUAUUAAAUGACUGGUCUCAGAAACUGAACUCAUUGAUGUCUCUGGUUAACAAAACUACACACCUCAUUGCCAAAGAGGAGAUGAUACAUAAUCUACAAUAAAGGGUCUUAGUGCCCUUGAUGCUUUUAGAAAAGAGUUAAAAUUGGAGGUGAUUAAAGAAAAAAAAAGACUGUUAUCAUGGUGUAUAUGUUGGGUUUUUUCCCUUCUCAACUCCUUUGUCUAAAAUUUAAAAGAUAGUGAAUAUGUUUGAGGCCCUUUUUAACUUUUAGGACCCCUGAUUUCAUUAAUUGUUUAACUUUAUGUUUGCAGUGGGUGCAAAAAUAUAACAUUUUUAUUGUCUGAGUACUCAAAAAGUUGUGUCAUAACUUACCCAAAUAUGUAUUCUAUUGUUUGAAACCUUUUUAGCUAUUUGUUUCAUUCCACUAACAACUAUAAUUAUAAUAAUAAAAGCAGUAUAUGCACGUUUUACUUUCUAUGCUUACCUCUGUUUCAUUGGGGUAGUAAUUUGACAAGUAUUUUUUAAAUAAAUAGAUCCUCCUGUAAACUGUCAGUUAUUAAGUGGAAUUAAAAAGCAGCAAAGAAUAUAUAAGAACUUUGGGGUAGAGCUGUGAUUUGUGAAGAAUUUGUUUUGGUAUUGUGGCAGGAAGUCUCUAGAUGAGUGUGUAUAGAGACAUCUGAAAUGCUAAGGACUUAAUUUUUUCAGUCAAACUGAUUUCAAUUACAGUAAUUUGAUUUUAUCAGUUUAACAAAAUCAAGUGGUGUCAUAUUGACAUAGUUGUUGGAUGCUAAGUGCUCUCUAUAUGAUUUGUGAGUUUCUGGUUUUGGCUGUUUUAUUUUUGCUUGCUUUCUCUUAUGGGUUUAAAUUUAAUACACAAAGUCAUUUUUCUGAGGUUUCUUUGUGGCCUUAACUUAAAUGUCUAAUUACAUCAUUAAUACCAAAUUCAUCAUCUAUUUAUAUGAACUUUAGUUCCAUUAUAUGAAGGCUGGAUAACCUAAAUAUUUAAAUGUUUUUUUAAAUGACAAGAAGAAAAACUUCAGGCCAUCCCCAUAGCAAAUGGUAUAGUAUUAAAAUUUCUUCACAGAAUUAAAACAAACAAAAGUGGUUCUAUUGUCCAAAGAAACAUCUGAUAUCAGUUAAUAUGAGUAAAUUUUUGAAGUUUUGGUUUUUAUUUGAUUUAUUUCAAGAGAAAAUAGAAAAAUGAAACACUAUUAGAAGGUUAUUUAAAAUGAUGUUUGAAUCAAGAAAGUGUCAGGUCUACUUUGAAAAAAAAUCCAAAGGAAGAGAGGAAAAACAGCAUUCUAGAAACAGCAUUUGUCAUCAUUCAUUUCCAUUUAAUGAUUACUAAAUUGACCUAUUUCAUGAUCCCAGGGUUGGGGACAAUUGUGGGACUUCUGUAAUAUUCAUGCUCUGAGUCAUCAUGAAUAAUGACACAUAGUAUUAAAAUAAUCUGAUUUUAUUCUUUGGAAAUUUAAUGGAUUGGUCACGUUAAGAACAUUAACAUCUGCUAUCACUUAGCUUUAAAAAACUAAACUAGGAAUAUGGCAAGUUCAGAAACAUCAGUUCACACUAACAAUAAGAAUAUGAUUUUUUAAUUUUCCUUUGAAUGAAAAGGAUAGAAAAUAAAAUCACUUUGCAUUGUAAUUUUUAAAUAUAGUAAGAACUAAUUUGAAUUUAACUUGUUACCUUCGUGUUUCUAGAGACUCUGCCUUUGGACUGGCCAAACCUAAAUAAAUGGUUUGGCCAGAUAUAUUGCUAUAGAGAUUUUAAAUGCUGCUUCUCUUUGGUCUUUAUUUAAUACACUCACCCUCAGACAAGUAGCUCUUCUUUGUAUUCUGAUUUGGUGCCAUUUUUAACUGUGUCCCAUUUCUUAUAUCUCACUGGACUUGAUUAGCUGAGCAUCCUUUUUUUUUUUUUUUUUUUCUGUCAAACAUUAAGCAAGCUCAUGAGUUAUUUACCAAUUUCUUUUUUAGGGUUAAGAAAAGAAUCCGUUAGCAAAUGGUAGUAAAUUUAGAUACUUAAGAUGUUCAAAACCUAAAUUAAUCCAGCUUUACAUUUUAGACUUAAAGCUUCACAUUCAUGGAAAAGUUAGAACCAGUUCAUUUUAAAUAUGGGGAAGAUAAUAUUUGAUUCAUUUAACAUUUUCAUUACUGUACUAACCAGCAGGAGAGGUAAUAAACCAUUGUUGCUUUCUUUUUUAAUGAAAUACUGUUUACCCAGCCUUUAUUUCAAAAUAAUAUUUUUAUUUGUUAGAGUUCAGUAGAUAUUUCUGUAAUUAUCCCCAAUUUCCAUAUGCUUAUUAGUGAAUCAUUGAAAAAGUCUUCUUUAAAAUUCCUAGUUUCAUUCUAUCUUUUGUAAUUGUUUAAUGUAUGAUAAAAGUGCAUAUUUUAAAUUGUUUUACGCUCCUGAAUAUAGCAACAAUAAAAACACUAAUUUGUGGGUUUAUAAGAAAACUUGGAGAAUAAACUCAUACUUGAAAAGGU